ACAUGUUGAGAGACAGAUUCAACUUCUGCACACUUUGCAUUCCGGGAGGCGCAUCGGGACGGACGGACUGCAGCAUUCACCUGAAUCUCCUCAUCAGCCUCCGCCUCUCUGAGAGCGCGCGAGUGACAGGAACGGAGGACGCAGAGAUUAGGCGAUGGCAGCCGGGGGAGGAUGCGGGGAAUCGGUGGAUCUACCGGGCAGAGGUGGAAAGGCUGACCCGUGAGCUCGCAGAAGCGAACCGGGAGAAGAUUCGGGCUGCGGAAUGCGGUCUGGUGGUGUUGGAGGAGAACCAGACGCUCAAGCAGCAGUACGCGGAGCUCGAGACCGAGCAGGAGGCUCUCAAACAGGAGUUAGAGCAGCUGCAGGAGGCGUUCGGUCAGGCAUACACCAACCAGCGUAAAGUAGCUGAGGAUGGUGAGACAAACGAAGAGACGUUGCUGCAGGAGUCUGCCUCUAAAGAGGCCUAUUACAUGGGACGUCUGGUGGACCUUCAAACCCAGCUAAAACUGAGCAGCUCUGUGGCCUCCAACUCCCAAGCGGAGACCGAACGUCUCAACGCCCUGGUGCAAGAACUCAGAGAGAAUAAUGAGAUGUUAGAGCUACAGAGGAGCAGGAUGAGAGAAGAAAUAAGAGAGUAUAAGUUCAGAGAGACCAGACUGCUGCAGGACUACACUGAACUGGAGGAGGAGAACAUCACUCUACAGAAACUAGUGUCAACACUCAAGCAGAAUCAGGUGGAAUACGAAGGUCUAAAGCAUGAAAUCAAAGUACUUGAGGAAGAGACGGUGCUACUCAACAGCCAGCUGGAAGAUGCUUUGCGUUUAAAAGAUAUUUCCGAAGGCCAGUUGGAGGAGGCAUUGGAUGCUCUGAAGAGUGAGAGAGAGCAAAAGAACAAUCUCAGAAAGGAGCUGGCCCAUCAGCUCAGCCUGACGGACAGCGUGUAUGGAGCCACCACCCACCUGGCCAUCUCGGCCGUGGAGGGUUUGAAAUUCGCAGAGGAGGCGGCAACCAACGGCACAUCUGCAUCCGGGUCCAGCCCCAACAAUGAGGACAGUAACCGGUGUAAUGAGUUCAAUGGGCAUGGACCAAAAGUGAAUGGAGAAUAUCACCGACCUGGAGGCAGGAAGGGAGAGGUGUUGCACCCAGUCUCUGAUCUCUUCAGCGAACUCAACCUGUCUGAGAUACAGAAACUCAAGCAACAGCUCCUACAGGUUGAGCGAGAGAAGGCGGUUCUGCUUACCAACCUGCAGGAAUCUCAAACUCAGCUGCAGCAUACGCAGGGUGCUUUAACUGAGCAACACAGUCGCGUUCACCGUCUUACGGAGCGUGUCAACGCUAUGAAGCGUCUCCACAGCGACAAGGAGUUUGACACGGAGGAGUCUGAAAAGGCGGACGGGCCCAUAAAUGGUUGCUGCGAGUACGAGACGGACAUCAAUGGAAUAGAGCUUCUGGAGUGCAAAUAUAGAGUUGCCGUGACUGAGGUCAUUGACUUGAAGGCGGAGCUUAAGGCGUUGAAGGAAAAAUAUAACCAAUCUGUGGAGAGCCAAUCAGAAGAAAGCAACCACAGUGAAGGGAAGGUCCAGGCUCUCGAAGAGCAGGUGAAACGGUUGGAGAAGGCCUGCCGUGAGGGCCGCGAGAGGGUUAGCAGUCUGGAAGCAGAGCUCCGGUGCGCUUCAGGUAUGGCUAGUGAAAGUAACGGCAUGCUGAACGCAGCUCAGGAUGAGCUGGUUACAUUUAGUGAAGAACUCGCUCAGCUCUACCACCACGUCUGCUUGUGCAACAACGAGACACCCAACCGCGUCAUGCUGGACUACUACCGCCAGAGCCGGGUCACACGUAGCGGCAGUCUCAAAGGCCCAGACGACCCGAGAGCCCUGCUUUCUCCACGUUUAGCUCGCCGUCUCGCGGCUGCUAACUCCUCAGACAUGUCCAAGAGUCCUCAAGAUUCUCCAUCAAAGGAACCUCUAGGAGAAGGAACUAAAGGGGAAGCAGGAAGUCCCAACAGAACCCCCUUUGGUUCACCAAUCAAUGGUUCAACUCUCUCGCCCUCCCCAGUACCAGAGACAGGUGAUCUCCGCAGGGAGCCCAUGAACAUCUAUAACCUCAACGCCAUCAUCCGUGACCAGAUCAAGCACCUGCAGAAAGCUGUAGACCGCUCGCUCCAGUUGUCCAGGCAGAGGGCUGCAGCACGAGAGCUGGCGCCCAUCUUCGAUAAGGAUAAGGAGGCUUGCAUGGAGGAGAUCCUGAAACUUAAAUCCCUCUUGAGCACCAAAAGAGAGCAGAUCGCCACCUUGCGUCUUGUCCUAAAAGCCAACAAACAGACUGCCGAGGUUGCCCUGGCGAACCUGAAGAGCAAAUAUGAAAAUGAAAAGUCCAUGGUGACAGAGACAAUGAUGAAGCUUAGAAAUGAGCUGAAGGCCCUCAAAGAAGACGCAGCCACCUUUUCCUCACUGAGGGCAAUGUUUGCCACAAGAUGUGAUGAGUACGUAACUCAACUGGAUGAGAUGCAGAGGCAGCUGGCUGCCGCAGAAGAUGAAAAGAAGACUCUGAACUCCCUCCUGCGAAUGGCCAUUCAACAGAAACUGGCCCUCACGCAGCGUCUGGAGGACCUGGAGUUUGACCACGAGCAGUCGUCCUGUGGCCGUGGAGGGAAAGUGCCAAAAAUUAAGAGCAGCCCUCAAAAAUCUCUCUUAGAUUGUCAGCAGCCUGCUGCCUCAGUACCGCCAACCUCCCCACAACUGAGGCGCGGGAGGGCAUCCACGGGCCACAGUCCUAAUGUGUUGUUAGCUCUUCAAGAGGACCAGAUAUCUGUGGCCAACUCCAGACUUCCAUGUGACCCCUUCAACUGUCUGGCCCAUCAUUCUCAUCUUUUUGGCCCGUAGCCUCCUGUCAAUCAACUGUCAGUGGCCUUUCCUUACAGAGGCAAAUGAAGGGGGCAAGGCACAUCAGUCAGUCAUGACUUUCAGCCAAUCAGAUGCCCCUUCGCCAUGUGUGAUGCCCCACCCUAAUUUCUCACCCAGUCGCUGAGAUGAAUUAUUCAAUGAUGCUUAUUGUGAAAGUGCUAAUUAUCAUGCAGAGUGAGAUGAGAGCAAACAGAAAUGGAUUGAUGCACUUAUUUAUUUAUUUAUCUAUUUAUUAUUUAAUAUAUUUGUGUUUUUGUUUGUUUAUUUUAAAACAUUAUGUGUGGUAUGUCUGAUUAUUUGGAUGGUUUUGGAUAUGGAUACGGCUUUGCUUAAAAAUACACUUUUAAACCACAAAAAUAGAAGUAUUAAUUACAUCAACCCAGAAGUACAUUAUGGUAUGCAAGGCCAUUUGAGUGCCAUUAUCAGUCUAAGCUAAUAUUAGACUUUCAAAAUGCACAAAAAAAGUGUGACAUAAUAGAAAGAGAUGUUUGUAUGGUUGAAUAUAGGGGAUACUGGUUAAAUGGACUAUUUUUCAACAAGUAGAAACAUUUUCAAUGUGAUAUUUGAGUGACUUUUAUUUUGACCUUCAAGCUCCUGAGGUGAUGUUUUCGUUACAGUGAUAAUACAAUUUUUGAGUUUUGCAAAUCUAAGCUUCUUUAACGUAAUUGCACUUGGAAUUUGUUUCUUUGUCUUUUUUUAACAGUUUAUUGCUCUGCAUAUGCAUAAAAUAUAUAUUUUAUACCUUAAUUGUUUUUUUCUAUUGCUGAAGUGAUGUCAGAUAAGUCUUUGGGGAUUGAGUGGACAUGUAGGCCUAGUUUAGUACCUGAUGGGCAAAAAUCAUGUUUGAGGAAGUGGAGUUAUAGCUUAAGUGGGGCUUGAUCCCAUUUGAACAUGAAGUGGGUUUAUUACUCUCAGAUCUGUUCCAAAAACAGCAUACAAGGCCAAUUUACUGUAUCCCAUAUUCACUAGAAUUUCUCUUUACAUAUCUCCUCCUCUCUCAGUUUCAUUUUCUCUUUAAGUUACAUCUACCCUUUACCUUAUAUAAAGCACAAACAUAUUUAUCUAUGCAUUUUGAAAAAGGCACAGGAUCAUUUUAUAUCAUUUGAUCAUUUUUCCUCCAAUCACACCAGCAGGAUUUGGAGAAAUAUCAGAUGUCAUUGUUUUUAUACAGCAGUAAACCACAAAAACACAUUUUCAGUCUCAUCGAUUGACUGAAAGGUUAUUAAUGUGUCUAGAUGAAGAAUACAAUCAGCAGCUUCUCAAAGUAUAACUAUCUCCAUUGUGGAACUAGAACAAAGCUCAGUCUAUGUAAUGAUAUACAAAGAAGGAUAUAAGAUAAAUGGUCUCAUUCACACUCUCUUUUAGCUCCCAGUUCUCAGUUUCUGUUCAGUCUAACCCAUUCAUUUGGUGUUUUAGACUAUAUUCAUUUCUUUUUGAGCAUUUCCAAUAAGACAAGAGGAGUUUCAGUUUUAUUAACUACACAUUGUGGUAGAUUUUCUGCCUCUGAAGUGAAAUAUAGUGAAUAACCUCCCACAAUGUCACAUGGUGUGGACUGGUGAAAGCAUGAUCUUGCCGCAGGAUAUUUUUAUGUGUGUAAAGUAAUAAACCACAUAAGUUUUUUGUGAAAUAAAAUUUAAAAACAUCA